AACACGGAAGUUCAAAAGUAUAAAUUGCGCUAUCAUGUGGAACGUUGUAAAUACGACGUACCAGAAUAAACUUCCUUGUCUUUUAUCCAGCCAAAAGAAAUAAAAUAAGAAAUGUUUAACGUGAGCAAUAGCACCGAUGAAAGAGAAGUUAAAGAUUGCUUCAGAACUUACAUUGUGACGAGACCGACAACGUCUUAUAUCGUUAACAGUGCGAUCCGUUGUGUUGUGAAUCUCAUUAUUUUCUUUGCUAGCUCAUUUCUCAACGCUCUUGUUGUUUACGUGUUCUGGAAAACACCAAAAUUACGACAAAAGGUUUCCUACUUUAUGAUCACGCUCUUGUCGUCGCUUGAUUUCUUCGUUACCCUGAUUGUUCUUCCGGCGAACUUGGCAAUGACGAUUGCAGAAAUGAUUGGAAAAGGUACAUGUAUUUACAAGUUGUUUUAUUAUGUACCAAUCAUUCUUUUCUUUGGAUUGUCUAUCCUGACUUUCUUUGUGAUGAACAUUGAACGUUAUUUAUCCAUCGUUCAUCCGAUAUUUCAUUUGCGAUAUGUCACAAAGCUGCGAUGUCUCGUAGUUUGCAUCAUGCUCUGGAGUUUGGCAAUCUUCUGUGGUCCAAUUUCGUAUUUUCUACGCUUAAACAACGUUCAAUGGGUUAUGACGGUUAUACUGUUGAUAGUAAUCUUUGGAACAUGUUAUAUUUACAUUGCAAUAUUUUAUAUCGCGAAGAAGAGAAAGCUGAAUAUUCGAAAGAACAAGACAAAGCAGGAAAAAACCCCAAAUACACUCACUACCAGUGAUUCCAGAAACAUGGAUUGUGUAAAUUCCGUAACUGAAACACGUUCAAUGGAGAAUCUUGAUAACAUUGAGAGACAAGAUCAUUCAGGUGCCGCUACUAACAACCAGAAAGAUGAUCAAGAAGGAGAAAAUUCAGAGAAGUCAAGCAAAACAGUAUCAUUCCUUCAUGAUUUACAACUUGCAAAGAUGUACUUUUUGGUUGUGCUUUGUACCUUUGCCUUAAAUCUUCCGAACGCAAUAUUUCUCGCAAUAUUUCAUGAUACUCCGAAGACAGUCAAUGGCUACAUACAGUCAAAACAAUGGACAGUCACUCUUUUGCUUUUUAGCUCAACAGCCAACUGUCUGAUCUUUUUCUGGGCAAAUAAAAGGUUGAGGAAAGAAGGAUGGAAAGUUUGUAAACGUAUUUGCAGACGUUGACAAAUGCCUUACGCUGUACCGGCUGCUGCAUGGGUGUACCGAAACAGCCAAUAAUUCGUAGCUUCGUCUUUAAAUUUCCCGACCGACAUAGUCCUUGCAAUGUUUCACGAUAAGUUAACUACAGUCAAUAUAUAUACACUGGUACUGAGGGAAAUAUGCAUUGUUACUCUUGUACUCAUGAACUUUAGUAUAAUUCCUCGUAAUAAUCAAUAGUUCGAGUCUUUAAAUAUGUAGUGGAAAAUAUGUCGGGAUCAAUAAUCAAUCAUUCAAAUAUGUCAAGGAUAUAUAUAUACACCAUAUUAGUGAAGGUUAUAUACAUGUAUAUACAUAGAAAGCAGGUUGGAGGAGAUGCUAUAAGGAAGUCAAAUACAUGAAACGGCGGAAGUCUGAACAAGCCAAAGGAACAAGUGACAAAAUAAACCGAAAAUUCCAGGAAAACAUUGUGAAAAUCUUCUCUUAGCAUCUCACAUUACCAUUACGCAUUAUAUUCGCUCGUAUAUAUAUUCAUUUCCCCCGUUAUAUAGAUUCGGGGUAAUUUUCAACAAAGCUAAGAUAAUUAUGAUUUCUAAUUCGAUAUAUACACGGUCAAGUAUAAGAUGAGAAAUGUGAAUGUCUUGAGGUGUAUUUGUUAGUUUCGUGAAUUUGAGAAAAUACAUGAUUGGAUUCUUGCAUGCUCAAGAUUGACAAGAAAGAGGAUGGAAAAAGCUCUUUUUGUAUAUCGAACUAUAGAAAAGGUAAUAAACAAACAAGAUAUAUACCCUAACCAAUUGAUUUUAUAUUACCAAAAAAAUUCGUAAUACACAUGAAAAACUAACAUUAAAAAAGCUUGCGUUAGCAAUAUCACAAUAACAUCUUAUACCAUUAA